UCGUUAUUUCCGGACACUGUGGUGUCUGUCAGUGCUGACGAUUCAAUUCGAGUCCCUCCUGCCUCGGUGGAGAGUGUGGCUGCUGUCAAUCACACGUCUUUUCAAAACAUUGUACAAGAAAAACCACGCAAAAGAGCAAACGAGCAAGAUGACGACGAUGUUUGCAGAUACCGCCCUGAUCGUGUUCAUCUCGGUUUGCACGGCUUUGUUAGCCGAAGGUAUAACUUGGGUGCUCGUCUAUAGAACUGACAAGUACAAAAGGCUGAAGGCUGAAGUUGAAAAGCAGAGUAAAAAAUUGGAGAAGAAGAAGGAGACCAUCACCGAAUCUGCAGGGAAACAACAGAAGAAGAAGAUUGAGAGACAAGAAGAGAAACUGAAGAGUAACAAUCGAGAUCUCUCCAUGGUGCGAAUGAAGUCCAUGUUUGCCAUUGGGUUCUGCUUUACUGCGCUGAUGGGAAUGUUCAAUUCCAUAUUUGACGGCCGCGUGGUCGCCAAGCUUCCCUUCGCCCCCCUGUCCUACAUCCAGGGACUGUCUCACCGAAACCUGCUGGGGGACGACUACACAGACUGCUCAUUCAUCUUCCUGUACAUUCUCUGCACCAUGUCCAUCAGACAGAACAUCCAGAAGAUGCUGGGUCUCGCUCCAUCCCGGGCUGCCACCAAACAGGCGGGCGGCUUUUUGGGACCCCCUCCGCAGGCAGCCAAGCUCUCCUGAGCCUUCCACCUCCCUCCCUUCUCAGGACCGGGCACUCCCAGACUAGCGUGAGCGUGGCACCACGGCCACUGAAGUAGUGCCACAACUGAGCGUACGAGAAAAGAAAACAUUUCCAUCUGUGCCAGUGAUCACCUGGCAUUGUGUUUUUUUAUUAUUUUUUUUUAAAUUACUUUGUAGUUAUUGAAGUUUUAGCGGCAAAGGUGCAGACCCCGUGCUCUUUACCCAAUGCAGAAAACUGCUACAUUCUUUUGAUUUAGGCUUAGGCUGAUUUUAAUCUCAAACUCAGUAUUGAAAUUCUCAGAUUGGCCUGUCUUUCUACACCUCUGCCAUUUCAGCAAUGCAUUUUUAAAGGGGGUUGGGGAAAAUGAAUUUACCCAGGGUAAUACAUCACACUGUCUCUCUCUCUCUCUCUCACACACACACCCAGGAUACUACAUCACACACAAGUGAUUCUUUAAAAAUCAUUGAAUGCAGUACAUUUUAAAAUAUUUAAGUGAUGGUAGUAUUUAUUAAUGGGUCCCCCGUUAGUUUUCACAAUGGGGAUCUUGCUUGUACCCAGUUUUGCAGAGAGAUGUUAAAGCCAUGCAGUAGGUAACAGGGCUGGGGCUUUGCUUUGGAAGGACGGUGCCCAAGCUUCGUGUGUGCGGGUCUAACCUUUGAGCCACACUGCCUGCCACAGUGAUGGGAAAAUGUACAGACUUAAAAAAAAAAAAUCAAUCCAGUUUACCCUUUUACACCUAAUUUAUUACAGUAAGUUUUGUUGCACAUGGUGCUGUGAAUGUUCAUGAAAUGUAAUUAAAAUAAGAGCUGAAA